UUCUAUAGGUUACAACAAUCUACAGGGGGGUCUUCCAUCGGGGUUAGGAGCAUUGUCGAACCUCAAGUUCCUUUGGGUUGAAAACAAUCAUUUUAGAGGACCUCUCUUCAACAUCAUAGCCAACCUUACAUCACUAGAAGUGAUAGAUGGAGACAACAAUGCAUUUACGGGAAUUAUUUCUGACAACAUCUCUAAGAUGACAAACCUGUAUGUCUUUGCUUUGAUGUCAAAUAAACUAAUAGGUAUGAUACCCCCAUCCGUCUUCAACCUCUCCUCCCUUGAAAUUUUGUCAUUAGGUAUGAACCAAUUACAAGGAAGUAUUCCGCAAGAUAUAGCCUUCACACUUCCUCGGUUACAACAUCUGCUCCUUUACAACAACUAUUUGUCAGGUCCAUUUCCAAUGUCCCUACCAAACCUCACAAGUAUUUUACGGAUAGAGUUGUCAACAAACCACUUCAGCGGUAAAAUACCUGCCUAUUUAGGACGCCUCCAUAAUCUAAAACAUCUAGAGCUUGACGUGAAUAGUUUUGUAGGUGACAUAAGCUUUAUUAAUUCGCUUGUUAAUUGUAGCCAAUUGGAAGUCUUGUACUUGGGAGCAAAUAACUUUACAGGAACAUUACCACAAUCUAUAGCCAAUCUUUCCACCAAUUUACUAGUCCUUGAUAUUAGCAAAAAUCCAAUAAGUAAUAGAGGAAUUCCUGUAGGCAUUAGUAAUCUCAACAACCUUCGGUACUUAUGGUUGAGUGGAUUAGGACUCACAGGAACCAUUCCUCAAGAUAUUGGGAAGCUUCAAAAGUUAGAGUGGUUAGACCUUUACUCCAACAAACUAAUAGGUGAAAUUCCGAGCUCGCUUGGAAAUUUAUCACGUUUGUCCCGACUUUAUUUAUAUGAUAACCAAUUGCAAGGCAAAAUAGCUCCAAGCCUCGGCAAUUGUGCGAACUUGUUAUACUUGAGUCUAUCAUAUAAUCGAUUUAAUGGAUCUUUACCCAAUGAGCUCUUUGCAAAAACUAACUUUAUUCAGUUAAAUUUGGGUUUUAAUCAUCUAGAAGGGUUCCUACCGAUGGAGAUUGGCAAGCAAAUAAAUAUGGAAGUUUUUGUUGUAUCACGCAACAAGUUUAUUGGGGAAAUUCCAACCGUCUUUGGUAGCUUACCUGAUCUUCAAUAUCUUUACAUGGGAGAUAAUUUCUUCCAUGGUCCAGUUCCUCCAUCAUUCAUCACCUCUUUAAAAAGCCUUUUGGAACUUGAUCUUUCUCUGAACAAUCUUUCUGGCCCUGUUCCAGAAGAUGCAUCUUCAUUUCCCUUGAUAUACCUAAACUUAUCUUACAACAAUUUUGAGGGAAGGGUUCCAACAAAAGGAGUUUAUUUGAAUGCAACGGCAAUAUCUCUUGUGGGCAAUAAUAAGCUUUGUGGUGGAAUUUCUGCACUGCAUCUACCAAUAUGUGUAGAGAAAGAUCGGAAGAAAAGAAGAAUGACAUUUGCUCUCAAGUUGACAAUCAUAGUAAUUUGUACAUUUGUUGGAGUAUUGGUUAUGCUUACAUGCAUAUGGUUAUAUUUCACUAGUCUUACCAGGAAAAGAAAAUCAGUUUCGUCAGACGCGCCAGUCAAGGAAUCUCACUUGAAAGUUUCCUACAACAUGCUGCUCAAAGCAACUGAAGGAUUCUGUUCCGAAAAUUUACUUGGUUCAGGUUCUUUCGGGUCCGUGUUUAAAGGGACCUUAGAUGGAAAGACGGUUGCUGUCAAAGUGCUCAACUUGCAACAUCGAGGUGGGUCCAAGAGUUUCAUGGCUGAGUGUGAGGCAUUGAGGAAUAUCCGUCACCGUAAUCUGGUAGGAAUACUAACAGUUUGCUCAAGUACAGAUUUCCAGAGAAAUGAUUUCAAAGCUCUUAUAUAUGAGCUCAUGCCCAAUGGAAGUCUUGAAAACUGGCUACAUAGAGAUCGAAAUCUCAGCCUUCUCCAAAGGUUGGAUAUAGCCAUAGAUGUUGCUUAUGCACUCAACUAUCUCCACCAUGAGUGUGAUAACCAGAUUGUACACUGUGAUCUAAAACCAAGCAACAUAUUGCUUGAUCAUGACAUGGUUGCUCAUGUAGCAGAUUUUGGGUUAGCAAAGGUUUUGGGUCUGUCCCAACAUCCUUAUCAAAGCAGCUCAGUUGGAGUUAGAGGCACCAUUGGUUACGUUGCUCCAGAGUACGGCUUGGGAGGUGAAGUAUCCCCUGAGGCCGAUCUCUACAGUUUUGGAAUCUUGUUGCUGGAGCUUAUGACAAGAAAAAGACCUACCGAUGAAAUGUUCAAGGAAGACUUCAACCUCCAUAUGUAUGCAAAGGGAGCAUUACCAGAUCAAGUGUUGCAGAUUGUAGACACAACACAACUUAUAGAGCAUGAAAAUGAAGAGGAUGACAAUAGACAACCAAGAACCCAAACAAUGCUUCAAAUGAAAGAGGAGUGCAUUGUCUCAGUGGUGAAGAUAGGAGUGGCAUGCUCAAAUCAAUCACCAAGCGAUCGAAUGAAUAUGAUCGCUGCCAUAAGUGAGCUGCAACGAGCUAAGAAAAUCCUUGUACAUUAAUCCGAGACGAAGGCAUAACUUGCCAGAGGUAAACAAAAUAUCU